UUUGAUUCUGUGGCUGCGAAUCUGAUGAUUUUCUUUUCGACAACUUCAUUGUUUAUAAAUAAAUUGAAAAUUGAUCGAAAUUCUUACAAAAAUUUGCAAUCAUCCAAAAACAUGUGCGAAAAGUUUUCUGAAAGAAUCAUUACAAUCGACGUGAGAAACUUUUUGGACAUGAUGAUGAAUACACAAUAUUGUUGUGGUUCUAAGAUUUUAAUUUAAUUUAAUUUCAUUUAAUUUUAAUUUUUUUAAGUAAAUCAUCGUUUUUAUUUCAAACUCCAACAUAAUCACAAAUACGUGUACAAUAUAAAACAAUAUGGCCACUACUAAUAAUGAUGAAAAUUUGGACAAAUCUUUGGACAAUUCAAAUUCCGAAUCGAUUGGUAAAACGCAAGAUGAACAAACCUCGUCGAAUGUCGAUAAAUCAUCAUCAUCAUCAUCAUCACAUUGUCAUCCACCAACACAACAACAGCAGCAACAACCACAGCAGCAUCAGCAUCAACAACAAACUGAUAAAAAGAAACGUUUAUUCUCAAAAGAGCUACGCUGUAUGAUGUAUGGAUUUGGUGAUGAUCAAAAUCCAUACACUGAAACUGUUGAUAUGCUUGAAGAUCUAGUAAUUUCAUUCAUUGGUCAUAUUGCACUUGAAGCAUUAGAAAUUGGACGAACAGGACGUGUUACUGUUGAAGAUGUAAUGUAUCUAGUACGCCGUGAUCAACGUAAAUAUUCACGUGUUAAAGAUUUAUUAUCAAUGAAUGAAGAAUUAAAACGUGCACGUAAAGCAUUCGAUGAAGUGGAAUAUGUUCAAAAGAAAAAGAAAUUAUCAUCAUCAACAAAUAAAAUGAAUACAAGUGCUGGUGGUGUUGGUAGUCCUUUCAAAUCGUUAGGACCAUUGAAUGCAACAAAUUCCAAUCACCAGAAUUCUUGAUAAAUUAAUUUGACAAUGAAUAAUGUGUGUGUGUAAUCUUAUGUGUAAUGUAAAUUAAAUUGAUUUUAUUAUU